AUUAGAUUGGUCACUAAAGAAAGCAACUUGGUCUGCAGAUUCUACACUGUACUGCUAAAUACCAGCUUCCUCUCAAUCCCCGCGUUAAUAAUUGAACUUCAUCAACCGCUCACAUUCUCCCCUGGCUUCUUCUCCCUUUCAUACAUUUACACAAGUAGAAUUACCUUUCAAUAGAGAAAGAGAAGGAGAUAACAGAGGAAUCAAGAUCCAAAGAGAAAAAAAACCCCAAAAUGGGGUCUCUUCCACCACCUUAUCUGGACUUCUUUCAUAACUCUUCCUCAAAGCAAGAUUCAAUUGACCCAGAUCAACUUCUUAAACUCUUCAAAGCCCAGCAGAGUUAUCUCAAUCAUUUCUUUCAAAAUCUUGAUCUUUCUCAAACUCUUACUUUCACCCAAACUCUCCAUAAUGCCAAAGGUACUAUUUACUUUACUGGUGUUGGGAAAUCUGGGUUUGUUUCCCAGAAAAUUUCACAGACCCUUGUUUCUCUGGGUAUCAAAUCUGGGUUUUUAUCCCCUGUUGAUGCCCUUCAUGGAGACAUUGGCAUUUUGGAUCCACAAGAUGUUUUGGUUAUGUUUAGCAAAAGCGGGAAUACGGAAGAAUUGUUAAAGCUUGUGCCUUGUGCAAAGGCUAAACGGGUCUUUUUGAUUUCGGUUACUUCGGUAAAGCCUAAUUCUUUGAUGGGUGUGUGUGAUCUGAAUGUGCAUUUGCCUCUAGAGAGAGAAUUAUGUCCUUUUGAUUUGGCACCUGUGACGUCUACCGCUAUUCAGAUGGUGUUUGGAGAUACGGUGGCGAUUGCUUUGAUGGGGGCGAGGAAUUUGAGCCGGGAAGAGUAUGCUGCCAACCACCCUGCUGGGAGGAUCGGGAAAAGCUUGAUCUUCAAGGUGAGAGAUGUGAUGAAGAAGAAAGAAGAUCUUCCAAUUUGCAAGGAGGGAGAUCUUAUUAUGGAUCAACUAGUGGAGCUGACAAGCAAAGGAUGCGGGUGCCUCCUUGUUAUUGAUGAGGAGUUUCAUCUGCUUGGCACAUUCACCGAUGGUGAUUUACGUCGGACAUUGAAAGCCAGCGGGGAAGGAAUCUUCAAGCUUACAGUUGGAGAAAUGUGUAACAGGAAACCAAGGAUAAUUGGUCCAGAUGCUAUGGCAGUUGAUGCAAUGCAGAAGAUGGAAUCUCUGCCAUCUCCAGUCCAGUUCUUGCCAGUUAUUGAUCAAGAUAAUGUCUUGAUUGGUAUUGUUACCUUACAUGGACUGGUCUCAGCAGGCUUAUGAAGUUCUUGUCAAGUUGCCAUUAUCAUUAAUUCUUUUGUAUAUUGUCGGGUUUCUUACCCCUUUUUCUUCAGCUAAUGUUAUUUUAUUCCUGUAACAAUGAUGAAUAUUAGUACUAGUAAAAUAUUAUAGUCACGUUAUUAGACUUAUAGAUUGGGCUAGAGCUCUGUACCCUUCAUCAUUUGUGCCUGUUACAAUGGAGGCAGAAUAUGAUGACGAUGAUCCUCUAUUCAUUAUA